UGUGCCCCUGCUAUAUAACCAUCCAAUCCCCAAUCCCCUAAGCAGUGUGUAGUGCAGUAGCGCCUGCCUGCUUUUUGCUUGCUUGCUGCCCACCAUCUCCUUCAGUCCCUUCUCUUUCUUUCACACCGUUGGUUUCUCAUUGGCGAGGACUAAGCAGGUCCGUCAGUUGGUGGCCAUGGCGGCGAGGAGCGGUUUUGUGCCGCCGGCGUGCGUGCUGGUGCUGCUGUGCCUGGCCGCCGGCGUGGCCGGCGAGGCGCUGCCGCAGUACUACAAUGCCAUCUUCAGCUUCGGCGACUCCUUCUCGGACACGGGCAACUUCGUCAUCAUCAACUCCGGCAAGCUGCCCAACAUGCCCAAGUUCCCGCCGCCGUACGCGCGCUGCUCCAACGGCCGCCUCGUCAUCGACUUCCUCGCCGAGGCGUUCGGUCUCCCCCUGCUCCCCCCGUCGGCGAACAAGGGCACCAACUUCAGCCAGGGCGCCAACUUCGCGGUGAUGGGCGCGACGGCUCUGGACCUCAAGUACUUCAAGGACAACAACGUGUGGAGCAUCCCGCCCUUCAACACCUCCAUGAACGUGCAGCUGCAGUGGUUCGACGAGGUGAAGCAGACCAUCUGCUCCGACCCCGAGGAGUGCCGCGCCUUCUUCUCCAAGGCCCUGUUCGUGUUCGGCGAGUUCGGCGGCAACGACUACAGCUUCGCGUGGAAGGCGGACUGGUCCCUGGAGAAGGUGAAGACGAUGGUUCCCGCGGUGGUGUCGUCGCUGGUGCGGGGCAUCGAGCGGCUCCUCGACGAGGGCGCCCGGCACGUGGUGGUGCCCGGCAACCUCCCCGCCGGGUGCAUCCCCAUCACGCUCACCAUGUACCCGUCCGAGGACCGGUCCGAGUACGACCCGCGCACCGGGUGCCUCAAGAAGUACAACAGCGUCGCGCUCUACCACAACGCCAUGCUCCGGAUCGCGCUCGACCGGCUCCAGCGGCGGCGACCCGAGGCACGCAUCGUCUACGCCGACUACUACACGCCAUACAUCCAGUUCGCGCGCACGCCGCACCUCUACGGUUACAAGCGCGGCGCCCUCCGUGCGUGCUGCGGCGGCGGCGGCCCCUACAACUACAACAUGAGCGCCUCCUGCGGGCUCCCCGGGUCGACGACGUGCGAGGACCCCGACGCGCACGUGAGCUGGGACGGCAUCCACCUGACGGAGGCGCCCUACCGCUUCAUCGCCAACACCUGGCUCAAGGGACCCUACGCGCACCCGCCGCUCGCCACCGUCGUCCGCGAGGACAUGGUCGACUGACUGAUCAUGCCGAUGGUGUCGCGCAGAGAGAGUGGACUGUGGAGGGAGAGCUCUGCUAAUAUGCCAUUCGUUCAUGUAUAUUCGGGGAUCGGAGUAAAAAUCGAUCGCUUAGGUUUUCUGUUUCUCUCGUUCUUUACCUGCUUGUGCUGGUGCCCCCUGUCGAAUACAACCGAGCGAGAGCGGUUUUGGUGUUGCUGCCCGUGCCGUGCAGCGCAGUGUAAUACUCUCUACUCUUCUUGUUUGGGCAUAGAGGGAGCAAUGAAGAAACAACAGACUGUUUUGGUGAUGGUUCA